CUUUGUUUUGGAGGGGAGAAUUGAGUUUUUGGUGCCUGUGUGACAGUCAUUGGGCAGCUGAUGUGGUUCAUUAGACGGGAAACGUGGGUUGGGAACCCCAAACAAAGGUUCGCGGGUGUGUGCGCGCGUGCGCAUGGCUAGCUGUUGAAGCCCCGAAGUGGGUCAGGUGGCCUAGAGAGAGGGGGUACUAGCGUUUGCGGGGCCGGUUAGGGGAGGAAGCCGUGAAGAGGACACUGAAGGGGCAAACGGAAAGGAAGGAAGAAAACCAGGGGAGGAGUGUGAAGGAAACUGGUCAAAGUGUUCAAGGAACAGAGAUAAGUAAAGAUGGCGGUGCCCUGAGCGUAACCUACAGGCAACGCCACUUCCGCGUCUCUCUUGAGCCGUGGUUCAAGAUGGCGGACGAGGCUACCCGGCGUGUCGUGUCGGAGAUCCCGGUGCUGAAGACUAACGCCGGACCCCGAGAUCGGGAGUUGUGGGUGCAGCGACUGAAGGAAGAAUAUCAAUCCCUUAUCCGGUACGUGGAGAACAACAAGAAUGCCGACAAUGACUGGUUCCGACUGGAGUCCAACAAGGAAGGGACUCGGUGGUUUGGAAAAUGCUGGUACAUCCAUGACCUCCUCAAAUAUGAGUUUGACAUCGAGUUUGACAUUCCUGUCACAUAUCCCAGCACUGCUCCAGAAAUUGCAGUCCCUGAACUGGAUGGAAAGACAGCAAAGAUGUACAGGGGUGGCAAGAUAUGCCUGACAGAUCACUUCAAACCUUUGUGGGCCAGGAACGUGCCCAAGUUUGGACUCGCUCAUCUUAUGGCUCUGGGGCUGGGCCCAUGGCUGGCAGUGGAAAUCCCUGAUCUGAUUCAGAAAGGCGCGAUCCAGCACAAAGAGAAGUGCAGCCAAUGAAGGACCAAGCCACUGAGGCAGGGCAGAGGGGCCUUUGAUAGACCAUGUUCCUGUUUUCCUGUGCAUCACUCUUACUCGGCUAGCUGCUUCCCCCACAGCCUCCACCUGAGUCGAUACUAAACAGUUGCAGCAUUCUGGAAAAAGAGAAGGAAAAAAACACUGAAUGUUAUUGCUGCUGA